AUGCUGGAGCUGAAGCGACGGGGCAGCGCCGAUGACGACGAGCGCCUGGUAAAACGGGAACGGGUUGCCCUAGAGGAGCUCAGUGAGGACGGCCCGCUCACUCAGGACGACGUCAUCUACUUUAAGAAGCAGGCGAUAUGGCGCCAAAUGCGCCAUUAUCGGGGAGAAGCCAAGCGGCUAGAAAGCGAGUUGGCGCGGGCGCAGCAGGCUUUAGAUAAGCUUAGGGACCAGGUGGGCGAGUUGGACCUGUGGCGGAUGCAGAACCUGGAGGUGAAACCUGAAAUUAGCGCCGCCAUCGCGGAAGUGAAGCAGUUGGCCGACACCAACGCCGACUUGCGGGCCAAGAUCGCUGCAUUGGAAGCGCUGGUGGCGCAGUACGAGGGCAAACUGCUUAGAAACGACCUGACAGCGCUUAAGCGGGUGUUUGGCGGUGCUACCACCAGUGAUGACUCGAAGCUGGACGCCACUCAGGCAUCGGCUGAUGGCACUGCUGGUGCUGGCGCUGAGGCCACUGCCACUGGUGGUGAUGCUACUGCUACCGCUGAGGCCGCUGCCGCUAACGGAGCUCUUACUGAUGAAGUGGAGCGUUUACAACUGGAACUCGAACAAACCAAAGCUGAAGCUGAGGUGGUGAAGACUCAACUUGCUAAAAACCAAACUGAACUUAGCCAGCUGAGCCAGCGGGUAACGGAACUUGAACUGAAACUCGCUCUGCUUGGAGAAUCUGACGUCAAAGAACUGGCAUGGUUCCAGGCGUUAGCUCUGGAGAAUGAAUCCCUUAAAAAGCUGAUUGCCACUUUGGAAACUCAACAUCAACAAACACAGGCCAAAUUGGACAAAUUGGACGCGUUACCCGCUGACCCUAACUACCAAGCAGUGGUGGAUGAGCUUGCCUCAGUGAAGCAACAACUUGAGAAGACUGAAACUGACCUUGUGCGAAUAAGAACGGCGCGUGACGACUUGGUGGCGAAGAACGCCAUUCUCAAAAGCGAAACGGCAUCGGGGCUGCUGUUUGCUGAGCUCGUGGCGUUGAAUAAGUCGCUUAGUGCCCGAGUGAGCGAAAAGGCGGCAGCGGUGGCGGCCGGUACCGACGACGCGCUGCUUGCGCUGCUUCUGGAAGAACAACUCCGACAGAAAGUCACCCAACUCAUCGGCGAGCUUCAGGAGGUGGAAUCGGCAUUUAAUGACACCCGUAAAUUGGCGCUUGCUAAAGUCGAGGCUCAAGCAAGCCAUGACGCCACCAUCAAGAAGCUCACAGUGGAAAAGACUAAAGCUGAUCAAAAAUACUUCGGGCUGAUGAGAUUGAAAGAUCAGAUCCAACAGGAGAACAAGCUACUCAAGGCGCAGGUGGCCAAGCUGCAGGACGGGCUUCGCCAAUCGCAAGAGGUGGAACGGGCGCUUCAGGAUAAGAUGGCGGCCCUUGAACGCCAGGUGAAGGAGUUCAAACAGGUGAAGCUGGCGGCGAUGGCGGAAAACGUCAAGCUCAGCGAGCAAGUGGCGCGUCUCCUGAAGUUGAAGGACCAAUUCACCGACGAUAUCGCCAAGGCCCGUGCUGCUUCUGAAGCGGAACUGAUGAAGCUUCGCCUGGUCCUGCUGGAGUUACAGCUGGAACAACAGCUGGUGGCGAAGCUCGAGCUGAAACUUAAGCAUACCGAACAAUUAUUGCGCAAAUAUAAACUGGCCAACCCGUCGUUGGUGGUGGAAGAUGAACAGGAGAUCGAAGGGUUGCGGAGCAUGGCCAAGUGCCUGGUGUGUCUGAAAAACUGGAAGGACACCGCCAUCAGUGUCUGCGGCCACGUCUUUUGCCACGACUGUACCAGCGAACGGCUCGCUGCUCGCUUGCGGCGGUGCCCGACGUGCAACAAAGGGUUCUCCGCCAAUGACUUGUUGCUGAUCCACUUGUAA